CGAAAGAAGAUGCUUUUCAACACUCUUCCCUCUUCCUUGCGGUUUACGAGAAGAGGAGGAGGAGGAGGAGGAAGAAGAGGAGGAGGAGGAAGAAGAGGAGGAGGAGGGGGAAGGGUGCGCCGCCCCCCCAACUGACAUAUGGACAAGAUUAGGUCUCACCUGGCCAAGUUGACUCAAUAGGCAGGUGACGGAGACUAGGCCUAACCUGCCCCCCGCCCCCCCAAGGAGCCCCGCGGGGGAGACCCAGUCCUCGGGGUACCACAGCCGCGGGGGAAGCAGCAGCAGCCUCGGGGGUGGCGCUGGGGGCAGUGCAAGUGAAGGAGGAGUGACUUUGGAACCAGAGGAGAGCUAUGGACCGACAGACACCUGGCCGUCUUCUCGCGCCCUGCCGUACCCUAGGUGGGGGUGUGGCCGCCCUGAGCUGACCCUGGGCAUGGGGGAGUAUCAGGGUCUGGUUCAGGGACUAACUGUGCCCCUGAAAGAUGUGCUGGAGAGGCAUCCUUAUGACACUCUGACUAAUUUCGUGAGGUUCUGCGAGAGCUAUCGGGCAUGGAGGGACAGCAAAUAUCAAGAUCAAGACCCACAACAGUCAUCAUCAGCAAGCCUUCGUGAUUUUUACAGGGAUUAUGAGCCGCCAAUGAUCAGCGGGCGACACACCUGCGUGGGUCUCACUUGCCUCCUGCAGACACGACUAGCGGCCCUGGAGCAUGCCUACCCUGGCCUUAAGGACGCUACGUAUAAGGUGGGCUGCGAGGAGGAGGUGGACAACGUUGCCUGGUUCUGCGCAGAGUCACUCCCACCACACACUUGCGAGAUGGAACAUGUGCUACUGUGCAUUCGUGUGAGGCUGUGCGGGCGGCCGGGCGUGGUGCUGCUCGACCCAGGGUACCACGUGGGGGAGGUUGUGACUGUGAUGGAGGACGGCCGCCACCCAACCUCCGGCUUCGUCCAAGGGGGAGCGACCGGUGGCGUCCAGAAAUGGUAUAGGUACAGAACUUGGCGGGAAAAUGCUGGGUUUGUGACUUGGGAGGUGGUGACGAGAAGAAGAAAAGGAGGAGGAGGAGAAGAACAAGAACAAGAAGAACAGCAGCAGAAAGGAGGAGGGGGAGAAGAAGAAGGAGGAAGAGGAGGAGGAAAUGAUUAUAUGAAUACAAAUGCUAAAGCAGGA